GACGCGCGGCGAGACGGAGAUCGGCCGUCUGCGGCUAUAAAUUCCACCGGCCUUCGCUGGUGUUCUUCAUCGUUGUGGAUCGAAUUCGAUAGACGGAAUUGAAUAAAAAAUGGCGUUCAAUUUGGCUCAUCAGGUUGGGAGUCUGUGCGGAUCGCCGAUGGUGAUGGUGGAGCCUGGAUCGGCGGCCCGGGCGGAUCCCCAAACGGCGCCGGCGACGGUCUGGAAGCCCCAGGCGGUGGACCGACGCUUCCGGAUCCAGAUCGGGGUCGGGCAGGCGGAGAUGGAGACGGCGCCGCAGACGUGCCAUGCCCGAUCCCUGGCUCUGCCGGAUCUGUCGGCGGCGAGCGAUGCGCCGGCGGCGGAAGUGAGGGAGCACCUCGGCGGGGGAGGAGGAGGCGCGGUGAAGGGGGUGCCGGUGUUCGUGAUGAUGCCGCUGGACACGGUGCGGCCCGGCGGGGGGCUGAACCGGAAGAAGGCGAUGAACGCGAGCCUGAUGGCGCUGAAGAACGCCGGGGUGGAGGGGGUGAUGGUGGACGUGUGGUGGGGGAUGGUGGAGAAGGAGCGGCCCGGGGAGUACGACUGGCGAGGCUACGACGAGUUCAUGGAGAUGGCCGCCCGGAUCGGGCUCAAGGUCCAGGCCGUCAUGUCCUUCCACCAGUGCGGCGGCAACGUCGGCGACUCCGUCACGAUACCUCUGCCGCGAUGGGUUCUGGAGGAAAUGGACAAGGAUCCAGACCUGGCGUACACCGACCAGUGGGGUCGCCGGAAUCCCGAGUACCUCUCCCUCGGCUGCGACGCCCUCCCCGUCCUCAAGGGCCGCACCCCCGUCCAGUGCUACGCCGACUUCAUGCGCGCCUUUCGCCACCGCUUCUCCGAUCUGCUCGGCUCCACCAUCGUCGAGAUUCAAGUGGGAAUGGGUCCCGCCGGCGAGUUGAGGUACCCAUCGUACCCCGAGGGCGACGGCACCUGGAAGUUCCCCGGCAUCGGAGCAUUCCAAUGCUACGAUAAGUACAUGUUGAGCAAUCUGAAGGCGGCGGCAGAGAAGGUAGGGAAGGCGGAGUGGGGCAACGGUGGGCCUGCGGACGCCGGUGGCUACAAAAACUGGCCGGAAGACACCGCCUUCUUCCGCCGGGAAGGCGGGUGGAAUGGACCCUACGGGGAGUUCUUCCUCUCGUGGUACUCCCAAAUGCUCCUCGAUCACGGCGAGCGCAUCGUCUCCUCUGCUACUUCGAUCUUCGACGACCUCGCCGGCGUCAAGAUCUCCGUCAAGGUGGCCGGCAUCCACUGGCACUACGGCACCCGAUCCCACGCCCCCGAGCUCACCGCCGGGUACUACAACACCCGGUACCGCGACGGUUACCUCCCCAUCGCCCGCAUGCUGGGCCGGCACGGCGCCGUGUUCAACUUCACGUGCGUGGAGAUGCGCGACGGCGAGCAGCCCAGCGAGGCGGAGUGCAAGCCAGAGGAGCUCGUCGGGCAGGUGGCCGCGGCGGCGCGGGAGGCUGGCGUGGAGCUCGCGGGGGAGAACGCGCUACCGCGGUACGACGAGACGGCGCACGAGCAGAUAGUGAGGGCCGCGGCCUGCGGGCAGGAGAAGAUGGGGGCCUUCACGUACCUGCGAAUGGGGCCGGAUCUGUUCGAGCCGGACAACUGGCGGAGGUUCGUGGCGUUCGUGAAGAUCAUGGCGGAGAGCGGCGGAGGCUCGGCGGAGCACUGCCGUGAGAUGGCGGAGAGGGAGGAGGAGCUCUCGGUCCACGUGCCGCUCGUACAGGAGGCUGCCGCAACGCUCACGUGCGCUUAAAUAUUUAAAAGAAUUCUUUCCAAAAGAAUAUAAAACAAAAGAAUAUAUAUAUAUAUAUAUACAGAGAGCUUAUGCUACGGUGCUUCUCUUGCGGUUCCGUGCGGUGAAGGCGUCGUGGCGAUUCCACGUCACCCGUGUGAGAGGUAAGUUGCGUAAAAGGUGAGAGAAAAAAAAAUCACGCAACCCUCAUUCCUCUCCUCUUCCUCUCCCAAGCCCUAGCAGAAGCGCCACUCAACUAUUCGCACAUUGCCUCUCUCGCCCUGAGCCCCUCUCCUCUCGCUCUCCGCGAGCCUUAAUGGAAGUGCUGCUCAACCCUUCGCACAUCGCCUCUCUCGCCGCUAGCUCUCACUCGCUAGCCGCGGGCUCUCCCUUCGCACAUCGCCUUUCUCGUCGCGAGCUCUCCCUCGCCAGUUGAGAGCUCUCCUUUCGCACAUCGCCUCUCUCCCCUGCGUCGAGCCCUCUCCUGCUGCGACCUCUCCCUUGCCACCUACGAGCUCUCCCUUCGUACAUCGCCUCUCUCGCCUUAAGCAUAAACACUCUGUCGUGAUUAGCCACUGAUCUCUAUUCUCGCCUAUGCGAGCUCUCCCUACGCUGCGAUCAACCCUCAACACCAAAAAUCACAGCUGGCAGUCUCUUGCCCGAAAUUUUUUUUAGGGUUUUUGCCGAUAAAAGCUCCCUUUUUCUAUUUAAUGUUGAUUUUUGAACUGUUCCCAACAAAUAAUGAAGUCGUUAAUGAUGUGAAUGGAUAUUCUGACCAAUGCCGCAUAUUUACUCCUAUACUUCAUCGCAUUUCUCAGCAAAUGAAGUCAUUAAUGAUGUGAAUGGGUAUUCUGACCAAUGUAGUGUCUUUGAUUGAGAAUGGGAAACCGGAGCUUUACUUAUAGCUGAUAUAAGGACCUUUACCUUCUAAUGCCUAAGUAAAAUCCCAAGCAA